GUGUGUGUGUGUGUGUGUGUGUAGAGUGUGGGGUGUGUUUAUUACAGUAGAAGGCUGGUCUUGUCCUGAAGCUAUAAAUGACCCGCAGCUCCUCGAGACUGAAGGAGAUCAUCGACAGACACACACACACAGAGGAGGAACUUCAUUCAGUGUGUGUUUCAUACAGUUGCUGAUCUGUGAGUGUGUGAGUGUGAUGAUGAGCGUCUCGCUGUGUGCUGCGCUCCUGGUGUGUCUGUGUGUGUGUGUGAGCGAGAGCUGCACCUGUUUUCCAGCUCAUCCACAGGAGUUAUUCUGCAGUUCUUCGUUAGUGAUGCGAGCUGAGGUAACUGGGAAGAAGAUCUUACCAGGAGAGAUAAAUACAGAGGGCAUGGAAGUUGUUCAAUAUGACAUCAAAGUGAGAAAGGUGUUCAAAGGUUCUUCUGACAGAAUAAAGAAAAUCAAGCAUGCCUCUACAUUGGAGAUAAUGUGUACGGCCAUACUGGGUCACGGCCAGUAUCUGCUUUCAGGAUAUAUGGACAGUUAUGACAGACUCUCCAUUUCAAUGUGCGACCUCAUUGUGCGCUGGGACAGUCUCUCCUUAAUGCAGAAGAACAACAUCAAAUACAGAUAUCAGAAGGGCUGUGACUGCAAGAUCUCCAUCUGCACUCGCCAGCCCUGUCAGCCCAGCUCUGAGAGCGAGUGUGUGUUGGACGACUGGUCUUACUCGCGGUCAGAGCCACUUCUUGAGGCCGCCUGCGUCAGACACACCGACGGCUCCUGCAGCUGGGACACAGGAACGGCCAAAAACCACACACACACACACGCCUGACGUCUGCAAACCACACACACACACACACACACACUGAGUCUGAGUGGAAAACAAACUGCUUGAUGCUGAUCGACUCUGAACACAAGCAAGGCCUUUAACCUCCUGCAACCACCCAGAAUACUUUGCAUCAG